AUUUAAAUACGUAAACAUAACCUAUACAGCUUGUAUCUGUCAAAGCAUAAUCAAAUAGUGAAACAGGAAAGUCUUCAAUAAUUACAGGAAAAUAUAUAAUAGUAUAUUGACACUCCCUUGAUUACAACUUAGGAGAUUUACUUGUUGUGAAAUGAAAACCAACUGGCAGUUCUUCAUUAUUUAGGAGAUAGAGGAAGUCCUGGUCAGUCAUGCUCAUCAAGGAAUAUCGUAUUCCUCUACCUUUGACUGUAGAGGAGUACCGUAUUGCCCAGCUGUAUAUGAUAGCUAAAAAAAGUAGACAGGAAAGUAGUGGUGCUGGAAGCGGAGUUGAGAUAUUGGUCAAUGAACCUUACACUGAUGGGCCUGGCGGACAAGGACAAUACACCCAUAAAAUAUACCAUGUAGGAAGUCAUCUACCAGGAUGGUUAAAAGGCAUUCUACCAAAAACUGCGCUUAUGGUUGAAGAAGAAGCGUGGAAUGCAUAUCCUUAUACAAAAACAAGAUAUACCUGUCCAUUUGUAGAAAAGUUUUUUUUAGAAAUCGAAACCUAUUAUUUUUCGGAUAAUGGACAUCAAGAUAAUGUUUUCAAGUUGAAUGGAUCAGAUCUUCGGAACAGAAUAGUGGAUGUUAUAGAUGUCGUCAAGGAUCAGUUAUAUGGUGGAGAUUAUGUGAAAGAUGAAGAUCCAAGUUUUUUCAAAUCUGAAAAAACUGGUAGGGGCCCUUUGAAUGAGAACUGGUUGGAUGAGUAUUGGAGAGAGGUUCAAGGAAAGCCGCAGCCACUGCCCAAUGGAAAGUCUUUAAUGUGUGCAUAUAAGUUGUGCAGAGUUGAAUUUAGGUACUGGGGUAUGCAGACAAAGAUAGAAAAAUUUAUACAUGAUGUUGCCUUAAGAAAAACAAUGGUGAGAGCACAUAGGCAAGCAUGGGCUUGGCAAGAUGAAUGGCAUGGUUUAUCUAUGGAGGAUAUAAGAGAAAUUGAAAAGCAAACUCAACUAGCUUUAAAAAGAAAAAUGGGCCAAUGUGAUGAUGAAGAUGACUUUGAUGAAGAUGACAAUCUUAAUAAUAGCACACAAAAAGAAGAUCCUGGAAAAACGUUAGCAGCCACGUUUGGUAGUAUAGAGGUUAACGAAGAUAGUCCCAUUCUUCAGAAGAAGAAAGAAAUUCCCGUCAUUCAGACUGGUAGUUCUGAUGGUGAACUCAGUAACGAAGAAGACCGUCAUUCGGCUAAAUUAGUCCUCAAACGCGAUGAAAAAUGGCAAUGCUCAAGAACUGUACAUUCCCCAAGUUCCUCGUCCAUCAAAAGCUUCGAUUUGCAGGUAGCCAAUUGGAGAAUAGAAAGUUUAGGAAGGGAUUCUGAAUCUGGAUCGGAUGAAGAAUUUUUCGAUUGCGAAGAUCCAACUUUACUAGCAAAAUGGAGCUCUUUAGAAAUCUUAUGCGGAGAUGAUAAUGAAAACACUUCAUCAACUAUUGUUGUAGAGAAAGACGAAGAUAGCAUAUUCUCUCAAUCAUAUCUUCAGAGAGUUGCCAGCGAAAGAGGUUCGAGAAGAAUAAUGCAGAGGAACAAAGUGAAUUCCUUGGAUGCUAGUUUCACAGAUUCGCCCACUGCUUCUCCUGCACAUUUUUCUUGUAACACAACAGUAUUAUUAUUAGUAAUGCAUGCUGGGAGUGUACUAGAUGCUAACGUGGAUAUGACUGCGAAGAAAUCCGAUGUAACGACAUUCAGAGGUGCUUUCGAAUCGGUUAUGAGGCAGCAUUAUCCGUCUUUAAUUGGCCACAUAGCAAUACGUCUCGUUUCGUGUCCUUCAAUUUGUACAGAGAGCUUAGCAAUCGUUUCUAGCUUAAGCCCGUACAGUUUUGAUGUAUCUCCUUCUUGUACAGAUGUUCCUCAAAUCACACAUGACUCAAUACCUAUUGGUGCUAUACCUAUUUUGGCUUCAUCGCCUCCAGAAUAUACUGAAGCUGUUUCUAGGACAAUCAAUUUAGCUAAUACAACUUAUCAAGAUUUCUUGAGAUCGGACGAAGGCAGAGGAUUCAGUGGGCAAGUGAGUUUGGUAGCUGACUCUAUUGGUUCUAUUUUAGCAUAUGAUGCGCUGUGUCGAGUAAUGAAGCUACAGUCAAGACACGGUAGUGAAAAUAGUAUUUUGGAAAAUGAUUAUCUACAUAAAGAUGAACUUCAAGUGAAUGAUACCGGCCUAUUAGCUGCACCUCCUACUAGAAGGAGAUCCUCAUCCACCAGCGAUCCAUCUGGCAAUAACAAAUUCGAUUUUGAAGUAUCAGAUUUCUUCAUGUUCGGAAGUCCACUAGGUCUUGUAUUGGCUUAUCGGAAACUGGCAACAUCAGAAGAUAAAACUAGUAAUAUAGCUAGACCUAAUUGUAUACAGGUUUACAAUCUAUUCCAUCCAACGGAUCCGGUUGCCGCUCGUCUGGAGCCUCUAUUGUCAGCCAGAUUCUCAAUCUUACCUCCGGUUAAUAUUCCGAGAUACGCGAAAUAUCCCCUUGGAAAUGGGCAGCCCUAUCAUCUCCUUGAAAUCCUUCAAACGAAUCCUCAAAUGUUUAGUGAUUCAUCUCAGCCUAGACGACUAUCUGAAGUUUCAAUUCAAAGUACAGUUUCUGGAUUGAUUGAUAAUAUACCGCUUCAAGCAAUUUCUGCUUUGCAAAACAAAUGGUGGGGCAACAAGAGAAUGGAUUAUGCGCUUUACUGCCCGGAAGGUUUGUCCAAUUUUCCUACGAAUGCCUUACCACAUCUUUUUCACGCUAGUUACUGGGAAAGUAGCGAUGUAAUUGCAUUUAUCCUUCGACAAAUAGGCGGUAUUGAAACAGGACCUCAAAGUGGCGUUGAAGAAAGGGAACCUACUUUUAAACCAGGUCAACCGAGGGAGAAAUGGCAAAGAAAACGAACUUCAGUCAAAUUGAAGAAUGUUGCCGCUAAUCACAGAGCAAAUGAUGUGAUUGUUAAGGAUGGAGCUCCCCAACAGCUAAUAGCUAGAUUUAUGUACGGCCCCUUAGACAUGAUAACACUCACUGGGGAAAAGGUUGAUAUUCAUGUUAUGCGAGACGUCCAAGUUGGUGAGUGGACCCAUCUUUCUACGGAAGUUACCGAUAAAGCUGGAAGAAUAACAUACACAAUUCCAGAGGAAAAAAGUUUAGGAUAUGGGUUGUAUCCUGUCAAGAUGGUUGUAAGAGGAGAUCAUACAUCAGUAGAUUUCUUCUUAGCUGUUGUUCCACCGAAAACUGAGUGUAUAGUGUUCAGUAUAGACGGAUCUUUUACUGCUAGUAUGUCAGUGACAGGCAGAGAUCCUAAAGUUCGGGCGGGUGCUGUUGAUGUUGUAAGACAUUGGCAGGAAUUGGGCUUUCUCAUUAUAUACAUCACUGGAAGACCAGAUAUGCAACAUCGCAAAGUGGUUUCAUGGUUAUCGCAGCAUAAUUUUCCACAUGGUUUGGUUUCUUUUGCAGAUGGUAUAUCAACCGAUCCAUUGGGCCAUAAAGCUGCUUACCUCAAUAACUUGAUACAAAAUCACGGAGUCCUAAUACAUGCGGCAUAUGGUAGCGCCAAGGAUAUAAAUGUUUACAACUCUAUCGGUCUAAAACCGAAGCAGAUAUUCAUAGUUGGAAAAGCAUCCAAGAAGCAACACGUUCAAGCAGUUAUUUUAUCUGAAGGUUAUGCAGUCCAUUUGAAUAGCCUUAUGGCUCAUGGUGGUUCUAGGCCUGCUCAAGGAAAUGCCAGAAUGGUAAUUCCACGUGGAUAUUUCAAUUUGCCUGGACAAAGUUUCUAUCGUCGAAAGAGUAGAACAAUUUGGAAGUAGACAACCAACUAAUUCAGAAAAGCAUUAUGUACAAGGACUAUUGAAAAUUUUCUGAUGGGAUUGUCAUAUCACUUACCUUUAAUUGUUUCCAGUAAGUAAGUAAACAAGUUAUGUUUAGAUUUAUUACUGUCAUUAUAAUCGAAUACUUGUCAUAAUAAUAUUUCUAAUUCAUGAAUUUAUGCCUAUUAUAUGUUCAAACCACAAUGAUAGGAUGAAUUCCCAGUGUCAUUUUCAGGUGAAUCUGUAUUUGAAUCUCAACUUUAGUAUACUUUAAGUAAAAAAAUAUUGGGAUUAUUUUCCGAAUGAAAUAAGUUUUCCAUUUCAAUGAAACUUAUUAAGUUAGGCAAGGUUUAAAAUUGAUGACAAUUCGAUUGAAUAUCAGAAUAAUUAUCAUAUCCAUUCAUAUUCAUUUCAUGAGAAUUGUACAUUUCAUUUGAAGAUGUGAUAAAUUGAUAAUACUCAUACAAAAUAACAGAAAAUGCUGGAGAAUAUGUGAAAUUUCUCAACCGAAUCUAGUAAAUAGGUAUGAAUAAUUCGAAUUCAUCCUUUAAAUAAUGUUUUUCAAUCAAUCUGUGGCAUUAUAAAAUAUAACGCAAUUGUUACCGUUGUUUGUUGGUUUCACAAAGCUUGAUCGGGGAAUAAAAAGGGUUAAUAUGUUCCUUGUCGAUUUAUUUUCGAUCGAUAAUUCAAUUCUAAAACAUUGUCACAUAAAUCAUGGUCGUGGUAGUUUUUGAUUUUACUCAGAACUUUUAUUCCAAUUAAAAAGUUUUGAGUAAUUUCAUUUUGUAAAUCGUAGGAGUUUCAAAUCAAAUGGUUCACAAAACUGUGAAACCCGAAUGAUAAAUUUAUGACUUUGAGUUGUUAUGGCUGGUAAGACCAAGUUGAGUGAUAAAAUUUCAAUAAAAUUGUAAAUGUAUCAUGUAUAUAAAGAAAAUAUUGUUUAAAAUAUUGUGAGCAGAGGCGCCUGCAGAAUCAGUCCUAAAAGGACAAAUGUUUUAUUUUUACAUUGCUAAAAAAUUAAUUUUUCUAAUGCUACUUCCAAACACGAGUUUCCCACUCCUGCAAGCGCCGAUGAUUGUUACAGACUAUGUUGGAUAAGUUAGUAUGAAAUAAUUUUUUUUUCCGCAUGAGCAUUCCAUGGUUAUAAUUGAUUAAAAAUGUAUUUAAACUUAUUUUUGGAAUAAUGAAAUUAUCAGUUUAUUUUUAAACAAACUUUUUCAAUUGAAAGAGAUCUUGAAUUUUCAUGAAGUAUAUUAGGAGGCAAUGGCUGCCAUAAUAUCUUUCUGAUUAAGUGAAUUCAGGAGACAAUACGCUGAAAAAUUUCAUUCAUUUGAAGAAAUGAAAGCAUUUCAGGGUUUUAUAUUUAUUUCUAGGAAUUCAUAUUCUGAUUUUCGAUCAAUAAGAAAAUGCUCUGAACUAUUAUAGAUUGAAUAGAGUUAUAUGUAUUAUAUUUGAAUGUAUUUUAAAUAAAUAAUAUGGGAUGUUACGCAUA